ACAACAUUUGAGUAACGCAGUACUUGUUGAACGCAGACAGCGUGGAAACAAACGAAAAAACUAUUUGGUGUUUAUUAAAUAUCUGACAACAAAUGAAGUUGAGCAAAACACAGUGCUAAAUUCUUUUAGAUCAGUAGCGAAUUUGAUGGUGAAUCUUCAAGCAACAUGAUUAGCUGCGCAAUAAAUUGUCUCACCCACGUAAUUUUCUCCAAGUGGACUUUCUUGGUGGCGAUUCUCGUCUAUUUCGCGUACAAAUGGAGCACAGCAACAUAUGAUUUUUACAAGAAGCGCGGCAAUAAGUUCAUUCCGCCUCUGCCGCUUGUUGGCAAUUUCAAAGACGUUGCAUUCUUAACUAUACCUUUCACAGAUCUCGUGAAUCAACUCUACAAUCAUUUCCCCAAUGAAAAGUUCUACGGAGUAUUUGUCUUCAGAGAUCCAAUAAUGUUAAUUCGAGAUCCAGAGUUGAUAAAGCAAUUGACUAUUAAGGACUUCGAUCACUUCCUCGACCAUCGGUUUGAUUUUGUGAAUGAGCCUUUAUUUGGCCGCAAUUUAUUGGGUCUUAAAGGACAAGAAUGGAAAAAUAUGCGAUCAACUUUAAGUCCAGCAUUCACAGGAAGCAAAAUGCGGACAAUGUUCCAAUUGGUCUCGGAAUGCUGCUCAGAAACUGUGAAUUAUUUGGAGAAAGAGUCAAUAGAAGGAAAACCGAUAUUGACUGACUUAAAAGAUCUUUUUACGAGAUUUACAAAUGACGUCAUUGCGACUUGCGCUUUCGGGAUUAAAGUGGACUCACGAAAAGAUAGAGAAAACGAAUUUUAUCUGUAUGGAAAGAAAUUUACCGAUUUCGGAAGUCGUUCUAUUAUUUUUCUUCUUGUACAUCUUAUGCCCACAUUUUGCAAGAUCUUCGGCAUAAAACUAUUCCCCGAUAAAUUCUGCAAUUUCUUCAGAAACCUUGUUUGGGACACAAUUCGCUACAGAGAAAAGGAGAAUAUAAUUCGUCCCGAUAUGAUUAAUCUUCUUAUUCAGGCACGAAAAGGAAAACUGAAAUAUGAUGAUGAAGAUAUAGAAAGAGAUUCAGAAACCAAUGUUGGUGAAGCAAUUAACCAGACCAAUUUUGAGGAAGAUGAUCUCACAGCGCAGUGCUUGAUAUUCUUCAUAGCUGGAUUUGAGUCUACAAGCACUUGUAUGUGUUUCACAGCUUAUGAAUUGGCCGCCAAUCCUGAAGUGCAGCAAAGAUUGAUCGAAGAAGUCGAUGCCACGAAAGAAAUGCUUGGAGGAAAGCCUGUAACUUACGACGCUCUGCACAAUAUGAAGUAUUUGGACAUGGUUAUUUCUGAGAGUCUCAGACAGUGGCCACCAUCGCCAGGAGCAGACCGCAAAUGCGUUAAACACUAUACCUUUAAAUCAGACGAUAUAGAUUUUGAAAUGAAUGAAGGCGAAGGUAUUAUGAUACCAAUAUAUGGUCUUCAUCACGAUCCGAAGCAUUUUCCAGAUCCCUUUAAAUUCGACCCUGAGCGAUUCAGCGAUGAAAAUAAGGACAAAAUUACGCCUUUCACUUAUCUUCCAUUCGGAGUUGGACCAAGAAAUUGCAUUGGUUCGAGAUUCGCUUUGAUGGAAACGAAAGCCAUUAUUUACUACAUUCUUACCAAGUUUACUUUUGAAGUUUCGGAAAAGACGCAAGUUCCAAUGAAACUUAAAGCUGGCGUUACACUGCAGCCAGAAAAGGGUUUUUGGGUGCAUUUGAAGCCCAGAAAUCAAUGAUAUGCUUUGCUCAUUACAUUUUAUGAUUUUUGUUAAUUCUUAAGCUUUCAUAAGCAAUGUUAAGUUAUUUAGGAUUUGGCUAUAAACUUCAAACAAACAACAAUAUUAAUAAUUUGUGUCAAAAUGAAUGGAGAUAUCAAUGAUAUUUAUAUAAUGAUUGUUACUUUUUAUACUAGUCAUGCUUACAAUAAUCAAUUGUCUGGUUCGUUAUCAA